AUGACAAUUAAAGGAAGACAACUUUUUGUUGGAAAUCUUCCAGUAGUGGGUUGGCAAGAAUUAAAGGGUCAUGACGAUAGGUCAAGAGGUCAAGGUAUUGUAUUGUAUACAACGGUUGCUGAUGCUCAGGAGGCUUUAUCAAAGUUUGAUGGUUAUGAAUGGCAUGGAAGAAAGUUAGAAGUAAGAGAGGAUCGUAGUGUUAUGGAUUUUUCACCGUCUCCAUCAAGUACAGAAUCAAACGCAUCUAAUGAGACCACUACAACAUAUUUAGAAGAAUCUACAAAUGUUCAUAAUUCUGCUGCAGGAACCAGUGGAACUAAUGUUAAUUCAUCAAAUUUACAAAGACAAUUAUUUGUUGGAAAUCUUCCAUUUCGUGUACGAUGGCAAGAUUUAAAAGAUCUUUUUCGCAAGGCUGGAACUGUUUUACGUGCUGAUGUUGUAAUGGGAUACGAUAACAGAUCAAAGGGCCACGGGACUGUUUUAUUUGCAAAUGUCGAAGACGCAAAAAAAGCAAUUGGUAAAAGUGCUAACAAUAAUGCAAUGUACGAUCAUUAUAAUUGGCAAGGUCGUAAUUUGGACGUACGGGAGGAUAGAAGUUUCAUGGAUCCAAACAAUUCAAAUAAUCAAAACAGUUUAAAUAAACAACAUCGUCGAAUUCAUCACGAUCCUAUGAUAAAUUCUGCUCAUUUACAAUCACCUUUUCCGCCAGGUGCUCAAAUAGUUGGACCAGCUGGAAUUUUUUAUGAUUUAAAAGAUUUGUUUAGAAAUGCGGGAAAUAUUAUUAGAGCCGAUGUUUCAACAAAUUAUGAUGGCCGAAGUAGAGGUUUUGGUACAGUACUAUUUGCUACUUCUGAAGAUGCUAGAAAUGCUGUUAGUAAUAUGUCUCACCAUCCAAACUUCCAUAUUGCUCCUCCACCGCCACCAAUUCAUCAUCCGCAUUUUAUGGCUACUGCUCAUCUAGGCCCAUUCUCACCUCCGUUAGCUACUCCAACUUUAGCAAGCCAGCCAUUUCAUCAGACUUCUUAUAAUCCAUUAGCUGCACAUAUGAGUAACAAUAUAAAUAAUGCUACAAAUGGCACAUCCCCUUUCCAACAAAUUCCGAUGGUCACAUCUGCAAACUCUAUACACGGGUUAGGUAGCAGUGCCAUUUCACAAGAUCAACCAAUUACAACAUCUACUUCACAAUUCCCGGGAUUCGGUCCAAUCGGAGGGCUAGGCAUUGGUCAUAAUAUCCAUCAUGGUAUUAAUGGUUUAUCAAGUAGUGGCGGCGGAUUAUGGGAUAAUAGUGGUGUGACUAUUAGAACAACAAACGGUGCACCUAUAAAUGGUACUGUUAUGAGUUUAGGAAUGUCCACUUUAAAUGGAAUGAGCGUCAUUGAUGGUAAAUCUGUUUCUACAAUGGCAUUGCCUACUGUUGCAUCUCAAUCUGUAUUUGUUAAAGCUACUAUUUAG